AUGAAUUCUUCACAAGCUGUGGCAUCACAGCUACAAGGCGUGAACUUUGGAUGCUUCACCACUGAGGAUGUCAGAGCUCUUUCUGCCCGACAAAUCACCAACAGCACCACCUUCGAUACCCUCUUGAACCCAGUACCCGGCGGACUCUACAGCGCGGAGCUGGGACAAUUCGGCGACAAUGCGUGCGCAACAUGUGGAUUGAAGAAUCCGCAAUGUCCUGGACACGCUGGACACAUUGAGCUGCCAGUGCCAUGCUACCACCCGACAUUCAUGGAUCAAGUGCUGAGACUGCUGCGGGCGGCGUGCAUCUACUGCGGUAGACUCAAGAUGAGACGAGUGGCGGUCGCACGGUUCAUUGCAAAGCUACAACUCGUACGAUACGGCUUGUUGAAGGAGUUGAACCAGCUGGACGAGGUGCAGUCAAAGAUCGGCAAAGGGAAGGAUGCCACUCCGGCCGGAUCUGAUGAGGAUGAGAACGAUGAUGGAGAUGCGGACGCAAAGGCAGUGGCAUUACGGUUCGAGCGAUAUGUCAAGGACGCCAUCAAGAAUGCGAAGCGAAAUGGCACACUUUCCACCGAAAAGACCGAGACCACGAACAAUGCAAGGAAACAGAUAAUACGAGAAUUCAUGGCUGCGAUCACUGUCGGAAAGAAGUGCGGAAACUGCAACGGCAUCAAUCACAAUCAUCGAAAGGAUCGAUACGUCAAGAUCUUCAGGAAACCGCUGCUGGAGAAAGAGCACAUCGCCAUGGUUCAGGCUGGGAUGAAGGCGAAGGAUCCGGUGGUGGAGAUGCGGCGAAAGCUGAGGCUGGAGAGUAGUCGCAAGCGGAAGAGAGACGAGGAUGAGGCAGUCGCAGAUCUGAGUAAUAGCUCGGAAGAAGACGGCGAUGACGUGGACAUGGACGAUUCCUCCGAGGGCGAGCCAGAGAUCGCAGGCGGCAUCGCGGACGAGUCCACUGCGAGCAAGACACAGCCUGAGAUCUAUCUCAAUCCAAGUCGAGUCCACGCACAGCUCGUGCAGCUAUUCGAGAAGGACGCGGAAGUCUUGAACCUCGUCUAUGGAGGAGACAGCCCAGGCCAUUCCGGUGUCUCAGCCGACAUGUUCUUCCUGAAUGCGUUGAUCGUUCCUCCGAACAAGUACCGACCUGAGGCAAAGACUGGCGACAAUGAGAUUGCCGAAGCACAAGAGAACUCUCUGUACAAGGCAGUGCUGAAUGCCUGCGAACGGUUGACCGAGAUCCAGCGUGAGCUCAGCGGCACAGAAGCUCCAGCAGUACCACGAUACCGGCCGAGUACCUACGCAGACUUCGAAACCACAUGGCUCACCCUGCAAGAGAGCGUCAACAGUCUCAUCGACAAAAAUCUCUCACCAUUGCAAGGUCGCGCAGGGGCACGAAACGCAGAUGGUGUCAAGCAAAAGCUGGAGAAGAAAGAGGGUAUGUUCCGAAAGUACAUGAUGGGCAAGCGUGUCAACUUUGCUGCUCGAACAGUCAUCUCGCCGGAUCCCAACAUCGAAACGAACGAGAUCGGUGUUCCGCCCGUCUUCGCCGUGAAGCUCACAUACCCCGAGCCAGUGACGCAGUGGAAUAUUGAGGAGAUGCAGGAGGCUGUGCGGAACGGAGCAUUCAUCUGGCCCGGUGCUUUGGCGAUCGAGAAUGAGAAUGGAUCCGUGUUGAAGCUGGAUCGAAAGAAUGCAGAAGAGCGGACAGCGUUGGCAAAUCAAUUGCUUGCUCCAGCAGGAAGCGGCAACACUCGUGGUACGCGGCCAAAGAAGGUCCAUCGACAUCUGAACAACGGCGACAUUGUCAUCAUGAACCGCCAGCCCACUCUUCACAAACCCUCUAUGAUGUGUCAUCGCGCCAGAGUCUUGCCCGGAGAGAAGACACUGCGAAUGCACUACGCCAACUGCAACACGUACAACGCCGACUUCGAUGGAGACGAGAUGAAUAUGCAUUUCCCACAGAACGAAUUGGCUCGAGCAGAAGCUCUCUCGAUCGCGGAUACUGACCAUCAGUACCUUUCCGCCACUGCUGGUAACCCGCUUCGAGGUUUGAUCCAAGAUCAUAUUUCAAUGUGUGUCUGGCUGACGAGUCGGGAAUUGUUCUUUGAACGAGGAGACUACAUGAACCUUUUAUACGCUGCACUUCGACCUGAAAGCGGGCACUGCGCAAAUGAUCGCCUCGAGACAAUGCCGCCAGCGAUUAUGAAGCCAAAGGCACUCUGGACUGGGAAGCAGGUGAUCAGCACGGUGUUGAAAAAUUUAACGCCACCGGGAUGCCUUGGUCUGACCGUGAAUGGCAAGAGCACAACAGCGAAGACAAUGUGGGGUCCAGGAGGAGAGGAAGAAGGCGACGUAGUGGUCAAGGACGGAGAGUUGCUGCAAGGUAUAAUCGACAAGAAGCAAAUUGGACCUUCCUCCGGAGGUCUGGUCAAUGCAAUCUACGAGGCCUACGGGCAUGCGGUCGCCGGUAAGUUCCUCAGUGUCCUAGGACGACUCUUGACCAAGCUCCUGCACAUGCGAGCCUUCUCUUGCGGUGUUGAAGAUUUGAUCUUCACACAAAAGGGUGAAGAGGACCGUCGUCAAGCAUUGGCUGGCGCACAAUCGAUCGGACUGGAGGUCUCGGCGAAGUACGUGGGCCUAGCAGAUCAGAAGCCGACAGGCGAGGAUCGCGAGCUGCAGCAACGACUGGAAGACGUUCUUCGUGACGAUGCGAAGCAACAUGGUCUUGAUCAAGUCACCAACAACGCCACUGGCAAGAUCAGCUCUGGAGUGUCGGAGAAAUGCAUGCCUGCGGGUCUUGCGAAGCCUUUUCCAAAGAACCAGAUGCAGACCAUGACUACAUCAGGUGCCAAAGGAUCCAAGGUCAAUGUCAAUCUCAUCUCCUGUGCUCUCGGACAACAAGUUCUGGAGGGUCGCAGAGUGCCUAUCAUGGUCAGCGGAAAGACACUCCCAUGCUUCAAGCCUUUCGAGUCGAACGUCCGCGCUGGAGGGUACAUUGUCGACCGCUUUCUGACAGGCAUUCGUCCACAAGAGUACUACUUUCACGCCAUGGCCGGUCGCGAAGGUCUCAUUGAUACUGCUGUCAAGACCUCCCGCUCAGGAUAUCUGCAGCGCUGUCUCAUCAAGGGAAUGGAAGGUCUGAAAGUGGAAUACGAUACAUCUGUGCGGAACACUGAGGAUGGUAGUAUCGUGCAGUUCCUGUACGGCGAAGACGGUCUUGACAUUGGCAAGGCGAAGUAUCUGUCAGACUUCAAGUUCGCCGCGGAGAACUACAUUUCGCUGUACAACAACCUGGAGAUGAACGACAACAUGGCUUCUUUGAUCAGUGAAGAAGCGAAGGAGCACAACAAGGCAGCGGAGAAGAAGUAUCGCAAGACCGGAGAUCUGGGUGCUAGCGAUCCUGCACUGGCCGUGUAUCCGCCCGCUCGACAUGCUGGAAGCAUUAGCGAGAAGCUCCUUGCAACCUCAAGAAGCUGGGUCGACACCAAUACCGAACGACUCAUCAAGGACAAGAAGCACGGGAUUGACGGGCCUCGCACGGUCUCCAAGAAGAACUUCAACGCCAUUUUGGAGAUGCGCUACCUGAGAUCCAUUGUUGAGACUGGCGAAGCAGUCGGUGUCGUCGCCGGACAGUCUGUCGGAGAGCCCAGUACGCAGAUGACUUUGAACACUUUCCAUCUGGCUGGUCACGCUGCGAAGAACGUCACCUUGGGUAUUCCUCGUCUGCGUGAGAUUGUCAUGACAGCCGCGACGAAUCUUGCUACACCCACCAUGACCUUGCGCCUGAACGAUGAUGUCGAUGUGGAAGGCGCCAAGAAGUUUGCCAAGGGCAUCAGCAAGUUGAGCUUGGGCGAGAUUGUCGACAAAGUCAGCGUGACCGAGUCGACUGGCAAGGGUGUUGCGUAUGCCGAGGCGAAGAGAUAUGAGAUCAAGCUUGAUUUCUUCCCAGCAGAGGAAUAUUCCAAGGAGUACGCCAUUACGAUCAGCGAUGUGGUGAACACCAUCGAGCAUCGCCUGUUGCCUCGCUUGCAAGCCACCACGCGCAAGGAGUUGAAGAAGCGCGGCGAUGCGAAGACGUUAAAGACUGCCAAGGACGACGCGAUGCCUGACAUUGGAAAGUCUGCCGGCGCCAUCGAGCAGGAAAGCAACCGUCCGGAGGCGAAUCGCGAGGGUGGAGAUGACGACUCUGACAGCGAGGGCGAUGAUGAUGCAACGCGCGACAAGAUGAAGAGCAACAAGCAGCAAGCUGGGUACGAAGCAUACGAAGAUGAGGACGAGCAGGUUCUCAAGCAGCGUGAUGCAACUCCAGAGCCGGAGGAGUCUUCCGAUGAAGACGAAGCCUAUGGAGGCUCACCGCGGUCAACUCCUGAUGUCGAGGACUCUUCGCCUCGCGUAUCCUCAGCCAAAGACCGCGAGAUCCGCAUCAAAUCCGACGCCAAAACGAACGACAUCAUCGCCUUCUCCUUCGACGACAAGAAGGGCGCCACCUGCUCCUUCACUCUGGAAUACGACUCCGCAACCGCAAAGAUCCUCAUGCUUCACCUUCUCGAAUCCGCCCUCCACGCCUCCCUCAUCCAAUCUGUACCCGGCAUCGCCAUGUGCAUGAUUGACGAAGAAGCCAUGAAUGAAGCCAAGAAAGAUGGCAUUCACUCCGACGCCAUCCUCGCCGCUUCGGGCGUCAACAUCCCGGCCAUGUGGGAAUUGCAACACAUCAUCCACCCGCAUCACUUGUACACGAACUCAAUCCACGAUAUCUUGGUGCACUACGGUGUCGAAGCCGCGCGCAAUGCUAUUGUCAAAGAGUUGGCGGGUGUCUUUGGCGGUCACGGUAUCUCUGUCGAUCCUAGACAUUUGAUGCUCAUUGCGGACUACAUGACUAGAGAUGGUGUGUACCAGGCUUUCAGUCGGAUGGGGUAUAGAGGUAACCCGAGUCCGUUCAUGAAGAUGAGUUUCGAGACGACGGUGAAUUUUUUGAGGGACGCAGUGUUGGAGGGUGAAGGGGAUAAUUUUGCGGGACCCAGUGCGAGGAUUGUGGCGGGGAGAAUUGGUGGGGUUGGGACGGGUGGCAUUGAUGUUUUCUUACCGGUUGAUGCGGCGGAGAAGGAGGGUGGAGAGGAGGAGAUGAUUUUGGCGGCGGAUGAGGAUGGUGAUGUUGAGAUGGAGGACUAA